AUGAAGGUGUCUCCGCUCUUCGGGACCAUCUACUCGUCGGUCCUCCUCGUGGCCCACGCUCUGCACAGACUGCGGCUCAGAGGAGACUGGGUUUCUGGGGGAAACCUGGCCAAGAGCACCUCCAACCUGCACUUCCAGGGCUUCAGUUUUCCUGUUAAAACCGACGCCUCUGGUUCCGCUCUGACAGACUUCAUCGUCCUGGACUCAAACGGAGAGAGACCCGAGCUCAGGCCUACGCACAGACUUGAUGCGGCCCUGGGGUUGGUCCAGUUCUUGGGGACAGAGAUCCACUUCCCCGGAGGAUCAGGUCCAAGCAGAGACCCCCCCUGCUGGUUCAGGCCGGGACUGCUCUGCUCUGGAGGAGCCGACUGGUUUUCCACUCUGGCUGUGUUGGUCUGUGCCGUGGCCUCUUUCGUGUCUGUCCUAUCUCUGGUCUACAGCCUCCGGCGGCGCUUGAUGCAGUUCCGAAUGGUCCGAGGUUCGAACAAAAUCCGCCUCACCCUGGACGACGUCACUUUCAUCAACCCGUCACUUAGCAACAAGAAGUUGCGUCGUGAAGAGAGCCAGAGCAGCGGUCUGAAGAGCGUGUCCACUCUGAGCCACGCCUCAGCCGAGUCCACGCAGUCACCGGCCACAUAUGAGAACUCCAACGUGGUCAUCUAUGAGGGCGACUGGGCGUGGCUCAAGAGGCUCCCAGAUGGUUCCUCCAGUGAAAUCAACCAGAAAACCAGUGAGCUGUUUGAGCUGAUGCGGGACCUUCGUCAUGAGAAUGUGAACCUGUUCCUUGGGUUCUUCCUGGACUGUGGGGUCUUCGCUGUGGUCUCAGAGUUUUGCUCCAGAGGAAGUCUGGAGGAUCUACUGCUGAACCAGGAGGUCAAGCUGGACUGGAUGUUCAAGUCGUCUCUGCUGCUGGACCUCAUCAAGGGCAUGAAGUACCUGCACCACCGCAGUGUGGUCCACUCACGGCUGAAGUCCAGGAACUGUGUCGUGGACGGUCGCUUCGUGCUGAAGGUCACAGACUUCGGCUUCAAGGAGGUUCUGGAGGCACAGAACGUCCAGAAUCAGGAGACUGCAGACGACCUCCUGUGGACGGCCCCUGAGUUGCUGCGCACUGCUCCUCCUCCUCACGGCUCCUUUGCUGGAGACGUCUUCAGCUUUGCCAUCAUCAUGCAGGAGGUGGUGGUCCGCGGAUCCCCAUACUGCAUGUUAGACCUGUCCUCUGAAGAGGUCAUCGAGAAGCUGAUCCGCCCCCCGCCUCUCUGCCGCCCCCUGGUGAGUCCCGACUACGCCCCCAUGGAGUGUAUCCAGCUGAUGAAGCAGUGCUGGACCGAGCAUCCAGACAAGAGGCCGGACUUUGAGGACGUUUUUGAUCAGUUUAAGAACAUAAACAAAGGGAAGAAGACAAACAUUAUCGACUCGAUGCUGCGGAUGCUGGAGCAGUACUCAUCAAACCUGGAGGAACUGAUCCGAGAGAGAACCGAGGAACUGGAGAUCGAGAAACAGAAGACCGAGAAGCUCUUAACGCAGAUGCUGCCGCCGUCCGUGGCGGAGGCCCUGAAAGUGGGUGGUACCGUGGUCCCGGAGCACUUUGAGGACGUGUCACUUUACUUCAGUGACAUCGUCGGCUUCACCACCAUCUCAGCGAACAGUGAACCCAUCGAAGUGGUCGACCUCCUCAACGACCUCUACACUCUGUUCGACGCCAUCAUCGGCAACCACGAUGUGUACAAGGUGGAGACCAUCGGAGACGCCUACAUGGUGGCGUCCGGAGUCCCCGUUCCCAACGGUAAACGGCACGCAGCAGAAAUCGCCAACAUGGCCCUGGACAUCCUGAGCGCCGUGGGGACGUUCAAGAUGAGACACAUGCCAGACGUCCCAGUGCGCAUCCGCAUUGGCCUGCACACAGGCUCGUGUGUGGCCGGGGUGGUAGGACUCACCAUGCCUCGCUACUGUCUGUUUGGAGACACAGUGACCACAGCGUCGCGGAUGGAGUCCACCGGCCUGCCGUACCGCAUCCACGUCCACCAGAGCACGGUGAGGGUCCUGCAGGAGCUGGACCUGGGCUACUCUGUGGUUCUCAGGGGCCGCACGGAGGUCCGGGGAAAAGGGAUCGAGGAGACAUACUGGCUGACCGGCAGGACGGGCUUCACCAAACCUCUGCCAGUGCCUCCGGAGCUCACGUCAGGUGAGGUCAUGUGUCAGUCCAGAGACAUGAAGCAGGUUCUGCACAAAGCGGUGAAGAUGAUCUCUCAUGUGCGUUUGGUAACACAACUGCUCGUUCGCGUGUUACAUGUUGCAUAUCUGGCAGCCCGGGUGCAGGACGUGCACAGCGGAGCAGCCGCGAAGCUAACGAGGCUCAAAUCUGUGCGAAAACUGCGAAAACCCACGAUUAACCGACUCCAAACUCCGGACACAGACCUUCUACGUCCCCCAGCGACUCUGUGGGAGGAGAAGGACCCGAAGCCCCGCGGUCUGAGGGCUUUUCGGCCGCGGAUCUGGAGGCAGCCGCUCCGGGGGCUAGCGCCGUUAGCCAAACACAAUAUGAUCUGGUCAUUUAUUUUACUUGGAAAUGAGCCUCACGCCGAAGAGCAGUGUUUCAGACUCUCGAUUGAGCUGUUAAAAAGGUGCGUCUGGAAGGCAGCCGUGCUCGCUCUGGAACCCCGAGCCGGAGGCGGCACUGGAGGUCCGCGACAGUUACCCCCAUCUGGGCCUCUGCAGCUGGGGAGCCACAGCAGCCACGAUCCGGGGGACAGCGGAGCGCGGCACACACAGGUGAUGGACGAGGCGCCCGCCUGCAGCUCUCACGUGUUUGCGUCUGUGAACACCGACUCCGCAGACGAUAUUCGUAAAUGUGGAUAUUUACGAAAGCAAAAGCACGGGCACAAGCGCUUCUUUGUGCUGCGCGCCGCCAGUCACUUGGGGCCGAGUCGUUUGGAGUAUUACGACAGUGAGAAAAAGUUCAGGAGUAGUUUGCGGACACCUGCCCCCACUCUGCCCUCCUCCCCCAAACGUGUCAUCUACCUGUACCAGUGUUUCACCGUCAACAAGCGUGCAGACGCCAAGAACAAGCACCUGAUUGCGCUCUACACCAAAGACGAGUACUUCGCCAUGGUGGCAGAGAGCGAGGCCGAGCAGGAGGACUGGUACGUGGCGGUCAGCGCGCUCAUGAACCAGGGCAAGAAGGGACACGCGGAUGAACUGGACGACGGCUACGGCACGGUCACGCCAGCCACCGUCUUCAAAGAGGUAUGGCAGGUGAACGUGAAGCCCAAAGGCCUGGGGCAAACCAAGGCGCUGACCGGCGUGUACCGCCUGUGCCUCUCCACCAAGACUCUGCAUCUGGUCAAGUUGAACUGCGAGACGCCCUGCGUGACGCUUCCACUCAUGAACAUCCGGCGCUGUGGUCACUCUGAGAGCUUCUUCUUCAUUGAGGUGGGCCGCUCGUCCUCCACGGGCCCCGGCGAGCUGUGGAUGCAGGUGGAAGACUCUGUGGUGGCUCAGAACAUGCACGAGACCAUCUUGGAGACCAUGAAGGCGCUUAAAGCCUUUGCCGAGUUCAGGCCGCGUAGUAAGAGCCAGUCCUCUGGCUCCAACCCCAUGCCCUUCAUCACCACGCGCCGCCACCUCGGCAACCUUCCCCCGAGUCAGACCGGGCUGCAGCGCCGCUCCAGAACAGAGUCUGUGGUCGGGACGCCGCCCUGUAAGAGCUCGGGCGCCAGCGGCUACCGCUUCAGGACGUCCAGCGAAGGAGAGGGCACGAUGAACCGGCCACUGCGCUCGGCCACCGGGAGUCUGAUCCAGCUGAACCUGAGCCGCGCACAGGGCCGACAGGAGAGCGCGGCUGGAGCGCGGUACGUCCGUGCGGUCGCACACCACGCUCGCUCUGCGUCUUUGCCCGUGUCACACUUCCCCUCUGCCCCCAGCCCCUCCGGCCCCUCCCCCAUGAGCCAGUCCGAUACGCGGCCAUCUAGUGCUUCACUCUGCGGCUCGCCCUCAGACGGCGGCUUUAACUCCUCAGACGAGUACGGCUCGAGUCCUGGAGACUUCCGCUACUUCCGUGUGCGGAGCAACACGCCCGACUCUCUGGGAAACACGCCGCCGAUCCGUGAGGAGCUGAGUGACUACAUGAGCAUGGGCUGGAGCCGUGACGUGUUUGUGGGAGGAGAGAGUGGGCGAGAGGCGGGAGGAGCAGACGAGGAGGACUCCUCGGUGCGCAGAAGGACUCACUCCUGCUCGCGGCCCACAGGGGGCGCUGUUCCGGUACUGCAGAAAACCACUCAGACAAACUUCUGUCUGGACGAGUGUGCGGAUGCUCUACCCUUCGGCGCGUUGCUGCGUGGACGCCCGUCCUCCUCCUCGUCCUCUUUGCGCUCAGACUAUAGCUCAUGCUCCGAACACAGCCAGAGCAGACAGGCCCCACCCCCUGAGGACAGUGGCUACGUGCCCAUGCAGUGUGGUGUGGCGUCGCCGCGCGACACGGACUACAUGCCCAUGAUGCCCUCCCAUUCGCCGCUGCUAUCUCGCGUGGCCCCACCCCCUCACGCAGAUGGCUACAUGAUGAUGCUCCCAGGGGGCGGAGCCCCGAACGGCGAGUACAUGGACAUGUCCUACAGCGGGGGUGGGGCUGAAGGAAGCCACGGCCCCUCUACACCAGAGGCCACACCCACAGCGCACAACCCGUACUUCUCUUUGCCGCGGUCUUACAAAACGCCGACACGAGAGACUGACGAGUAUGUGCCCAUGAGGUCGCCUGCUAGCUCUGCCCCAAGCCCUGCCCACAGCACCCCUGCUCAUCCCCCGCCCCCCUACAGCGCACACCACACCACCGCCGCCAUGUUGGAUCGCCGCAUGCGCCCCUGCCGCCUCCCUCUGGGCCGCAGGAGCUUCCACGGUCCAAUCAGAGCCAGCGAAUCCACGCCUGGCCCCGCCCACUCCGACUCCAGUCCCGGAGAGUACAUCAACAUCCAGUUUGAGCCCCUCCCACAUCAACAACAGCCACCCGCCUACCCCCACAGCAACCAGGCUCCACCCACCUACCCCCACGGAAAUCAGGCCCAGCCCAUUUAUUCCCACGACGACCAGGCACUGCCCACCUAUCCCCACGGUAACCAGGCCCUGCCCACCUAUCCCCACGGCGAGUGCCCACAGGACUACAUGUGUCUGCAGGUGGGGUCAGAGCCGCCGCCCAAAAGCCCGUCUCCCCGGCCGAGCCUGGUGGCGCCCUGGAACCCCCCAAGCUACAUCCGCCCCGGGGCAGGUGGCGCGGCGCACUGGUCCAAAGCGGACGACUACGCGGACAUGAGCCCCACCGCCAUGCUGCAGCGCCUGUGUUUGCUGGAGAGCCAGUACAGCGCGCCAGCCAGCCCCGGGGCAGCCGCGGUGGAGCCCAAAGUAGUGCGAGCCGAUCCCCAGGGCCGCAGACGCCACAGCUCCGAGACCUUCACUAACGCACCAGGAACGAGCGCCACAGCUGCAGCCAAUCACGGAGCAGCUAACGGCGCCUGCCCACCAGAGGGACAGGCCUCACGGUGGAGCUCCGCCUCCUUCGACAGCGUGUGGAUGUCCGUGGAGGCGUCGCCCGUGACCUCUGACCUGUGUUUGUCUCCGGUGACGUCGGCCUCUUCGUCGUCGUCUUCAUCGUCCGGCGUCAGGACCGGCGCCAACUUCCAGAACGGACUCAACUACAUCGCGCUGGAGCUUAGGGACGAGAGCUCCGGCCCCGACACGCCCACAACCACCGGAGCCACGCCCACGGCAACCACGGCCUCCGGAACUGUGCCUGCCGAAGCCCCGCCCCUCCCCGAGAGCGCCGCCUACGCCAGGAUCGACUUAAGCCAUUCGGACCAGGCGUCAUCCACACGCGACUGA